UGUGGAAAUGAAACGGCCUGAGGUUUGGGGCAGUGAGAGGCAGUGAGAGGCAGUGAGAGGCAGCAGAGUUUUGAAAGAAGUCCGAGUCAUCAGUGAAGUGUCUGAAUAAACCUGCUGGCACUGCAGCCGCUGCGGACUCUCGGUCUAAGGCAGCUCGGCUCAGCUCAACUCGGCUCAGCUCAACUCGGCAAGCAUGUUCCUGGCCAUCCUGCUCUUCCUGCUUCCGCCAGCAGAGGGCGCCAACUCCACACUGUCCUGCUAUGAUGACCAAGGAACCGCUGUUGACUGGUUCUACCUUUACAAACUCCCCCGCCCACACGAAGAGCCCACCGAGGAGGGCCUGAAGUACCUUCUGCUGGAGGAGAAGAGUGAAGGAUGGGUGAACGGCAGCGUGCUGGUGGGGGAGAUGGCAGGGGCUCUGGGGAGGACCGUUGGGCCGCUUUACGAGGAAGGCGAACUCGGGUACAUCCUGUACAACGAUCAGCCUCCGGAAGAGCACCAUUCGGAAAACGCACAUAGCGGGGGACACACGAAAGGUGUGGUCCUCUUCGACAGCAGGCAGGGCUUCUGGCUGGUCCACAGCACUCCUCACUUCCCGCCUCCCAAGACUGCGGGCAGCUUCUCAUACCCCAGCAGUGGCGUCUAUAACGGGCAAAACUUCAUCUGCGUUACAUACCCUCUGGAGCGCUUUGAGACCAUCGGUGAGCAGUUGAAAAUAAACCAGCCGCACAUCUACGACUGUCACAUCCCGGAGUCCGUGGCCUCCUCCGUGCCCACCAUGGUGGAGCUGUGUAAACACGGCCACGUGGGGCGGAGCAACUCCAGCGCCCCACUCGCUUCCUCCUCGCCUGCCAAUCGGAGUGCCUCCCUGCUCUCGCUGGCUGGAAAGGAGUUCAUCAGCUUUGCUAAAGGAGCUGCUUUUGAGAAUGACCUGUAUCACUCCUGGGUGGCUCCUGCACUGCAGGCGGACCUGCUGGUGCAGUUCUGGCGUCGCUCCACAGGCAUCCUGGAUUCUGACUGUUCCCCUGCCUAUAAAGUGCUGAACAUUAACCUGCUUUCUCCCGGCCAGCACCUGACCUUCAAAGCCACAGAGGACCACUCCAAAUGGGCAGCGAGUGUGUCUGGCAGCUGGGUGUGCGUGGGGGACAUUAACCGUAACGAGGCAGAGGAGAAGAGAGGCGGGGGGACGGUGUGUCAGCAGAACAGCGUGGUGUGGAAGGCGUACCGGACCGCGGCGCUUAAAUGUGAUUCGUGUAGUGGGUCAGUCGAGGAGUGCGAGGCAGCUCUGCUGUAUUAAGUCAUAGGCCAGAAACGCAGCCCAUGCAAGUAUGCAAAUGCAACCCUUCUGCGUUACAAACGGUCACGUGAAACAAAACGGGCUACAUCAGAAACUGGACCGUAUUCACUUUACAGUGCACUGCUUUGACCGAUUUGUCUUUUUUUCUGCUUUUAGAACAUUUAUCUGUUUAUUAUUUUUAUUUUGAGCAACCUCAUAAGCCACAAGUUUCCAGAAGUGGACAAAGUCUAUUCUAUUCUCUUCUAUUCUGUUCCAUUCUAUUCUAUUUUAUUCUAUUCUCUUCUAUUCUGUUCCAUUCUGUUCUGUUCUAUUCUAUUCUGUUCUAUUCUGUUCCAUUCUGUUCUAUUUUAUUC